GUAAGAGAGGGAGGAGCCCGUGAUGGCUGGUGCCGCCGCCGUUGCGCUGUCCCUCGCUGCGCUGCCGGCCACCGCCACCGCCGCCCCUCCGCCGCUGUCAGCUGCCGACCACCGCGCCGCCGCCAUGGCCGAGGAGGAGGCUCCUAGCGAAGGGUUCGGAUGGUUAUUUAGCUGGCUUCCUGCCUGGUGUCCCACAUCACUGCUACACCUUAAAGAGGCUGAGGACAAAAUGCUAAAAUGUAUUGCAAGCAUAUACAAUAAAAGAUACGUGUAUAUAUCUAAUGGAAAUAAAAUAUGGACACUGACAUUCUCUCCAGACCUUUCAAAUAAAACUCCACUUGUUCUCCUGCAUGGGUUUGGAGGAGGUGUUGGACUGUGGGCUCUCAACUUUGAAGAUCUCUGUGAGAACAGGACCGUUCAUGCUUUUGAUCUCUUGGGAUUUGGGCGUAGCAGUAGACCACACUUUGACACUGAUGCUCGGGAAGCAGAAAAUCAGUUUGUGGAAUCCAUAGAAGAAUGGAGAAAGGAGGUGGGGCUAGAAAAAAUGAUUCUGCUUGGACACAACCUAGGUGGAUUCCUGGCUGCUGCUUACUCCUUAAAAUAUCCAUCAAGGGUCAAGCAUCUUAUCUUAGUGGAGCCAUGGGGUUUUCCAGAGAGGCCUGACAAUGCUGAACACGAAAGACCAAUUCCAAUCUGGAUCAAAGCACUAGGAGCUAUAUUGAGUCCAUUUAAUCCAUUAGCUGGGCUAAGAAUAGCAGGACCCUUUGGAUUAAGCCUUGUUCAACGUUUAAGACCAGAUUUCAAGCGAAAAUAUUCAUCAAUGUUUGAUGAUAACACUGUGGCUGAAUAUAUCUAUCACUGCAAUGUGCAGUCACCCAGUGGUGAAACAGCUUUCAAGAACAUGACGAUUCCUUAUGGAUGGGCAAAAAGGCCAAUGCUGCAACGGAUUUCACAGAUGGAUCGAGACAUUCCUAUCACGGUGGUCUAUGGAGCACGUUCAUGUAUAGAUGGCAAUUCUGGCAGCACUAUCCAGUCUCUGAGACCAAAUUCCUACGUGAAGACAAUAGCUAUCCUCGGUGCGGGUCAUUACGUGUACGCUGAUCAACCCGAAGACUUCAACGAGAAAGUGAAAGACAUCUGUGACUCUGUGGACUGAAUGUCCUCUGUUCUUUAGAAAGUCAUACAUAGAUAGCAUUUAAUGGCAAUGCCCUCUAGGAAAUCACUAAAUAAUGCAGAGCUAAUGGAACAGGCUCUGUUUGCACACUGUUUCUUCUAAGAAGCCAUUUGCACACUUAAACCACUGAGUGCCUAUUUUUGGGGGGAAUGAAGAGGUUUGAAGCUAACUUUGUACAGCUUUUUUUUUUUUUUUUUAAAUUGUCCUGUCAGAUACAAAAUUACAUGUAACUUUUGAAACUGGAAUUUUCUUCAAAAUUUAAUUGAACUUUGCACAUGUUGAACUCUCUAAAAAUACUGAAUUCUCCAACAUGGGGAACUGUAUCAAUAGAGAUACAAUGUACAAAAUGCAAUUUGGUUUCUUUAUGAACAUUCGUUUUUUUUAGCUGAUGUUUCAUAGCAAUAAUAUGAAACUGCGUAUGUAUUUUAUUUUUGGAACCCAGAACUCCAUAUAAAAUAUUUUAAGAAGGUUUGUUUUUUAAUUGGAGUGGUAACAGCUUAUGAAAAUGAUUUUGAGAAAGGGAUGGGGCCAAAAUAAUAAGCAAUGUCUGUCACUGAAAUAUGUUUGUUAGUUUAUAAGGAAUUGAGGCUCAAUAUUGGGAAAUCCAUCUUCUGUUGGAUUUUAUUUCCAUUUAUCUCAAGGCAUCCUUUUCCAUCUGUGUACCUUUUACGGAAGACUCAGUUUGUAAGAGUCGAUGAUGUCACCAGCACUCAUGCUUCUAUAAAUAUUUUGAUGUGCAGAUUUCUGUGAUUUAAAAUACAGAAGAUGGCUUGUUAGUUACUCCACCUAUUUUUAACACUUUACUGUAAGAUAUGUUACUAGUCUAAAUCUAACAGUUGUGGGUAAGCUGAUAAGGUUUUGAUUAGGGCUAGGAGAUAUCCAUCUGGAUAGUGAGCCUAUUUCCCAUUUUCUUUCAGUAGAAAGCCUAGUCCAUAUUUUAGUGAAUUUGAGCUCAAGGAGAGGCAGAGGCAGAAUAUUGAUGUUCUCUAAUUGGGAACUACAACAGCUUAAUGUAUUUUAUUUAACAUUCAGCCUCCUUAUAGGAAGGAUUAUUAUUGGAAUGAACAAUACCACUGCAAUGAAUUGCAAUUACAUGUUUUGGAGAUUCUUUAUAUAUUUGAAUUGAGUAUUUCAAUAUCAGAGAUAGUCCAGUCUCUGUUGUUUUUUGAAUUAUAGUUCCAUGGUAGUAUUUCACAUGCCUAGUAAAUUAUAUUAAGAAAAAUACUUUGUCACUUUAAAGCCAAAUAAUGUGGUUGUUUGUUUUUUAACAAGUUUACAUAAAACUAUUGGUCUGUUUUUGAAUAUUAAAUUGACUACUGAAGAGUUCUUGAUACUUUUAUACAAAGAGAAUUUGAAUUCAUGAUAGCACCAUCUGAAAGCUUGAAUUAUGUGCAUUUUUUUCUCAAAUUAAGGAAUAGUUGCACAUAUUCAUGAUGUGGAAGGCAAAGAUGCCUAAAAUAUUCAGGAGACAAUGUGAUUAUGUUCCCCAGCAGAACAUAGUCUCUCUUACUGAAGGAGAUAUUUGUCUAUACGGUGCUAUGUAAACAUCAAACAGUUUUUGUGACUGCCUUGACUGGUAGCACUUCAUAUCUAGCAAGAUAAAUAUUUUAAUUAAAAAAUUGAAUUAAAUUACUUUUUCAAUUAGCAGAUGCCAGAACUGUAAAACAAAAUUUUGGGUUAUUUGCUAAAAUCUUGAAAAUGGAAAAUCAGAAUUAGCAAUUAUCAAUUCAGUUUUUUAAUAUAAGCUAUAAAUUAUCGGUCAUGCCACCGUUUAGGUGGAUGCCUUUAGCAUGUUGGUUAUUUUUCCCCCUUUUCAGUGUCUUAUUUUGUGUUUAUCAACUUAAACAGCUGUUUUAGUUGUGCAUAAAAACCUAAUGCAAAAACAAAUUUUGAGUCUCCUUCAAAUAAUAAAAGGUGAAACAAAUUGUUGGAAUUUUCAAAUAGCACUUACUGAUGGGAAUUGUAGAUUCCACAUCAAAAGUUGGAAGUAGGGAUAAAAAUUGCACACUGGAUGUAAAUAUUGUUUUAAAUAUACCUUGCUUUUUCAGCUUAUUGUACUAAUAAGGCUUAUUGCUUAUGUUUUGCACAAUAAAAAAAAUCUUUAAUGUUA